AUGGGUAACAACAUUCUGAUCCCCAAAUUGGCAACUGCUUCAGUGUUUGCGGUAGCUGUAUUGCUUCUUCUUACCAGCCAGCACGGAGCCCAUCAUGACCGCCUUCUGGUGGCAUGCAACACAUUCACGGCCCACACAGAGCUGUUGGCACCUGCAGACCAACAGAACAUCACCAGACUCGGACUCACCCCCAAGAACGUGACCAUAGUUAAAGAUACCAACGGAUUUAGCAGAAAGAUCCAUGGGAGGUUCGUUCACAUCACCGACAUUCACCCAGACCCCUACUAUAAAGUCGGUUCUGACAGAGAAACAGAAUUGUGCCACGGCGGUAAGGGUGACGCCGCCAAGUAUGGUAACGCUGUAGGAGGGUGCGACUCCCCCAUGGCGCUCAUGGAAGACACUAUCCAAUGGAUCAAGGAUAACUUGAAGGACAAGGUUGACUUCGUCCUUUGGACUGGUGACAACAUCAGGCAUGAUAACGACAGACGGUAUCCGAGAUCUGAAAUGCACAUCUUCGAUAUGAACCAGGAAGUUGCAGACCUAAUGUAUAAGACAUUCAAGAACAAUAAGAACCCCGAUGAUCCCAGGGAUAUGCUGGUAGACUUGAUUCCCUCAUUGGGAAACAAUGAUGUGUACCCUCAUAAUUUAUUUUCACCUGGCCCUACUUUACAGACCAGAGAGUUCUACAAGAUUUGGUCCAACUUCAUCCCACAACUGCAGUUGCACACUUUUGCAAGGGGAGCAUAUUUCUUUCAGGAGGUAGUUCCUGGGGAAUUGGCGGUAUUGUCGGUCAAUACCUUGUACUGGUUCCAAAGCAACCCACUUGUCGACAGCUGCGACAAUAAGAAAGACCCAGGAUACAAAUUGUUUGAAUGGUUGGGGUAUGUGUUGAAGGAGUUAAGACAGAGGAAUAUGAAAGUUUGGCUAUCUGGCCAUGUGCCACCAAACGAAAAGAACUUUGACCUUACAUGCUUGAGAAAGUACAUAGUGUGGACCUACGAGUACAGAGAUAUCAUCAUCGGAGGAGUCUAUGGACACAUGAAUAUAGAUCAUUUUAUACCCUUAGACUCCAAAGCGGCGUACAAGAGUUUGAAGGGGAAGUUAGCUAAGCUUUAUGGCACCAAUGAUGUUGCUUUGCUUGAAGAAUUUGGUGAUGACUUCGAUCUUGAAUACGAUUCAAAUUCCGACUCAGAUUCAGAAGACGAGGAUGGGGAUGAGGAUGAAGAAGUGGACGAUUCUCUUGAAGAUUUGUACAGGAAAUGGAAUGUUACCAUACAUGAAGACGUGAAUGAGUCGAACUUCACACCAUCAUUCUACUCACCUUCAUUCUCUAUACAAGGUGGAAUACCGCAUAACAAGGUCGAUUACCUCAACAGUCUUCGAGAGCUUUACUACGCGGCGAUUAAAAAGAAGAAGAGGAGUGGAGUAUCUUCGGAGCGUUACGCAGUAGCACACGUCACGGCUAGUAUUGUACCUACUUUCAACCCUGGAUUGAGAGUUUGGGAGUACAAUACCACCCACCUAGCAGAAGCGGUUAAUUCCAAGAUUAAGUACGCUGCAUGGGAUGAGUUUUUUGCUGGGGUAAACCAAUUGAUAGAACUGAAUAAUAAGCUUGAGGAGGAAAGCGAGGGAGAAGAAGAUCACGAGCCAGUAUACUCUUCAAUGAAUGACCAAUUAACGGCUUUCAAGAAGGAUAAGACCAUCCCCCCAAAGAAACCUAAAAAUUUGCCGCUUGGUCCAGCCUACGUACCUCAAUUAUUCACACCUGAAAGAUAUGUACAGUAUUUUGCGGAUUUGAAGGGUAUCAGCGAGGGAAAUAAGAAGUUUGGAUAUGAAAUAGAGUAUAUGACUGACGACAAGGAUUACGAAAUGGAGAACUUGACGGUGGAUGAAUGGCUCAAAUUUGGUAGGAAGUUAGGAGAGCCCGUGAAUAAUUUGAAGGCAGAGAAAGCAGGCAAAAAGAGAAAUAAGAAUAAGAAGAAUAAGAAUAGCAAAAACAAGAAAAACCAGAAGGAAGAUCGUUAUGCUCAAUUGGAAAACAUCUGGAAGAGUUAUUUGAGGCAUAGUUUUAUUGAUUCAGAUUACGAAAACAUGGGAUUAUAG